AUGCAGUGCCCAUCGGACGGCGAAAGCAGCGGCAGCAGAAGCCCGAGUACCACCACCUCGAGAGGCGGAGACACAGAUCUUGACGGCGAGGAGAAGAUCUGUGCCGUGUGCAGAGACCGGGCCACAGGUUACCACUUCCACGUCAUGACCUGCGAAGGAUGCAAAGGCUUCUUCCGACGGACCGUCAUCAAGGGCGUCCAGUUCACCUGCCCCUUCACCCGCAGCUGCACCAUCACCAAAGCCAAGCGGCGCCAGUGCCAGGCUUGCCGUUACCAGAAAUGCCUGGAUGCGGGCAUGCGGAAAGACAUGAUUAUGUCAGAGGAGGCUCUGCGCCUACGCCGGGCACUGCGGCGGCAGAAACAGCGUCAAGGACAGAGUCCCAUAGAGGCGUGGGAGCCGUCCGAGGUGACCAGUUUAACCGCAGAGCAGGAGCAACUGAUUGAGAUCCUGACGGAGGCGCACAAGAAGCACUUUGACUCCACCUUUGCCCAGUUCAUCCACUACCAACCUCCAGUGCGCCUGUACAUCCACAGCCCAAGGUCCCGGAGCCCUCAGGAUCCCACCGCGCCCACCCUCUGCCCGCCCAGUCCGCAAGACCACUUGGAGAGCUACCCCGAGGAGGUCCUCCCGGACGUGUUCUCCAUGCUGCCGCUCUUUGCCGAUCUCAGCACCUUCAUGAUCCAGCAAGUGAUCCAGUUUGCCAAGGCGAUACCGUCUUUCAGAAAACUGCCAAUUGAGGAUCAGAUCUCACUCCUCAAAGGGGCUACUCUUGAGAUCUGCCAGAUCCGGUUCAACACAGUCUUCAACGAAGAAACCAAUGCAUGGGAAUGCGGUGAACACUGCUACACCAUCCAAGAUGGCGCCCUGGUUGGGUUCCAGCAGAUCUACUUAGAGCCGCUGCUGAAAUUUCACAUUAGCCUGAAGAAGCUGAGGCUGCACGAGGCCGAAUACGUCCUGCUACAAGCCUUGGUGCUGUUCUACCCAGACAAUGUGAACGUCGUGCAGCGAGAUGAGAUCGACCGGACUCAAGAGCAAAUUGCCCUCACGCUGAAAAACUACAUCGACCAGCGACACCCUUUGCCUGAAGGCAGGUUUCUCUACGCCAAGCUUCUCUUGCUGUUGACGGAGCUGCGGUCACUGAAGGUGGAGAACACCCGGCAGAUCCUCCACAUCGACCAGGAUUUUACCUCCAUGACGCCGUUGUUGUCGGAGAUCAUCAGCUGAG